CGGGACCAUCUGCUCCCUUCUGCCUCGGGCCUUCGCCCACCCCGCACCCGGGCUGCAGCGGCCCAGCGCCGGCCCGGAGGUCGGUUCGAAGAAGCUUGACCGCCCUGGACCGGCCGCUGCGGGGGCUGCAGGAAUUGAGCUACUCCAAACAACUCUACAAGGUAGAUAAAAACAUCGCCUCCCUUAACGCCGGCCGACUUGGACUCAGAGCGCCAUGGUCGAGGAGCGCCCCGGGGCUUGGUUCGGCUUCGGUUUCUGCGGCUUCGGGCAGGCGCUGGGCUCCGGCCGCGGGCUCCAGGUACGCAGCCCCGAGCCGCUGCGGUUGCCCGGCGCGGGCGCCGACGUCGUCCGCGUGAGCGCGAGCUGGAGCUACACCGCCUUCGUGACCCGUGGAGGCCGCGUGGAGCUGUCGGGCUCCGCGAGCGGCGCGGCGGUGGGCUGCAGGGACGCGUGGGCCUCGGAGGCGCUCCUCGCGGUGCUGCGCGCCCGGCCAGGCCCCGGGCCCGGGCUGGAGCUGCAGGCCUGGGCGCCCGGCUCGGCGCUGCACGGGGAGCCGCUGUGGGCGCAGCCGGUGGUGCCGGCGGCCCCGAGGAAAGACGGGCCUGGCGGGGAGACCGCGGCCGGAGCGCUGCCCCUGCUGCCCUGUGCCCGCGCCUACGUGAGCCUGCGGCCGCCCUUCUACCGGCCUCUGGCCGGGGAGCUGCGGGCCCGCCGGCUGGAGCUGGGGGCCGAGCACGCGCUGCUGCUGGACGGCGCGGGCCAGGUGUUCUCCUGGGGCGGGGGCCGGCACGGGCAGCUGGGCCACGGGACCCUGGAGGCGGAGCCUGAGCCCCGGGUGUUAGAGGCGCUGCAGGGCCUGCCCGUGGCCGAGGUGGCGGCAGGGGGCUGGCACUCUGUGUGUGUGAGUGAGACUGGGGAUAUUUAUGUCUGGGGCUGGAAUGAAUCAGGGCAGCUGGCCCUGCCCAGCAAGAGCCUGGCAGAGGACAGACAGACAGUCAAAAGGGAAGCCAGUGGACUGGGUGAAGGUGGUUCUGAAGGGAAGUGUGCAGGCAGGGGUGAGGACGGAGCCUCUGCCCCCUUCAUAGCCAUCCAGCCCUUCCCGGCGUUACUGGACCUGCCCCUGGGCUCAGCUGCAGUCCAGGCCAGCUGCGGAUCCCGGCACACAGCAGUGGUGACAAGAGCAGGGGAGCUGUAUACCUGGGGCUGGGGUAAAUACGGACAGCUUGGCCACGAGGACACAGCCAGCUUGGAUCGGCCCUGCCGUGUGGAAUACUUUGUGAAUAAUCAACUCCAAGUAAGGGCUGUGAGCUGUGGGCCCUGGAACACCUAUGUGUAUGUGUGGAGAAGAGAAGAGCCGACGUAGUAAACAAGGGCAUAAACAAAUAAAUGUACAGUAUAGCGAAUACUUACAAAGCGAACACCUGUGAAACUCCCUCAGGUCAAGGGAACCAAGCCCCGCCAGGCCCGCCGCUGCCCCUCCCUGGCACAGCCCUCCUGCUUCACCUUAGAGCUGCUCGCCCAGCUUUGUCCUCACGUUGGAAACACCUAGCGCGCUCUGGACAGAGGCCCAAGGCCAGCAUCCCAGACCCAGUGACAUCAGAGCCUCUCCGUGUGGGGCCGCGGCCAGGGUCGGCUCGAAGCUGCCCCGCUGCCGCCUCAUCGCAGCUCAGACUAGACCCUCCAGCACUAGCUAAGGAGAAGUGGUGAAGGCAUGCAUCCUUACUUGUUCCUGAUCUUAGAGGAGAGGCUUUUAGUCUCUCACCAGCACAGAGCCUUCCUAGAUGGUGUAUAAAAGUUGUUGCCUCGUAGUAUUAAUUUCAUUUGAUGACUGCCUAAGCAAAGUGCUAAAAACAAAGAACACCUUUCUGAAAGAAAAGGUAUAAUUUACAAACAUGAGAAACUGACAAUGCAAGACCAGUCUUAUCUACUGCUUAAAACUUCUGAGCAAUCUGUCCUGAUCAGCACAAGAUGCUUUUUUUAAGGGUGUGGUCUGGCUGGGUGACUAUUCCAUGUGCACUUGGAAAGAACAGGUCUUCUGCCAUUGCUGGGGAGUAUGUUCUGCAGUUGGGCCCAGCUGAUUAAUGACCAAACAAACCAAAAAGUGAUUUGAGAAAAAAAUGAAAACACCGUAAUAUAUCUUCCUGAAAUGUCGAUGACUUGGGUCUUUGACAUUCACUCCUCCUCCUUGCUUUCAACCGGAAUUAAGAAGUAACUGAGGACCAGGACUCCUGCUCAUAAAACAGCUGUACCUGCAACCGGUCCCAGAGCUCUCGGAUCUGAGCCCGCAGACCCUCACACACGGCUUCAUUUUGUGAUUUUCGCAUUUCCAGCUGUAGCAAGGAGAGCCGAUGGUUACAGCAAAGACAGCACAGAGGUGUUUAGCUCUCUGACCUCCCACUAAAUGUCUGGACCCAAAUGGAAAAGAAGCACUUUUACCAGAUUGUGAAGAGUUCCACCUGAGUGCGCAAAUCCUUUUCUAGUUGCAAGAUGGUCGUCUCUCCUUCUUCCUGCUUAAGAAAAUGUUAUAAGGAUCCAAGUGCAUUUCUUGAAGAGAAGGGCAGUGGAAGAGGCUCCUGACCUAGGCUGGAUCACAACACAGCACCCCCUCGGCUCGGGACCGCAGUAGCUGGGGCAUGCUCAGAACCUGACUGCACUCUCCUAAUCCUCCCGCUGCUGACGCAUUUCUUCUCAAGUACCAUUUUGGCUGGUUUGGUGACAUGCAAUCUCUUGGUAUGGGAAACCCCACAAAGGCAGGUUUUUGGUAACUUUUCCCUUGUAUCACUAGUCACUUCUGCUCCCUCAGUAGCUCUUUUCAUUUUCUUUCAAAGAGAGACAGCAUAGUUCCAUCUGUGCUUAGCACUGCUUCAGAGUUAAAAAAAUGUUUUAUACGUUCUGUAAACUGACAGCAAGAGGACGCUUGUCUUUGAUCAAAGCACUGCAACACAUAUUAGCUGCUUCACCUCUCAACAGGGCAGCUCUACACAGUGAGAAUUACUUUGCUAGAACUGAUUAGAUAGACAGCAUGUCUCCCCCACUUCUCAUGUCCAAUACCACUCCUACCCUACAAGGAACCUUCUGUCUGCAGCCCCAAAUCCAAUCUUUCUCAAGUCUCAGACUCAGGCAGGGUCUUGAGACCCCCACCAUGUACCUGAAAUGGCUUGACAUGUAACUCGCUGCAGAGGGUAUUCAACUCCUUUUGACAGGAGGAUAUGCUUUUGAUGAGUCUUUCCUUCAGGCUCUCCUCUUCAGCAAUCAUCAUAUCCAGGAGGUCCUACCAAAAAGAAAACCGUUACAUAAAAGUUUGGGGCCAACGGGCAAAAAACCCAAUUGACAAUGCCAAUACCAUGCUAAUUUCAAACUUUCAGGAAAGGACUUAAAAUCAGGAAAAGCCUGUGACACCCCAGUGUCACUUCUCCAUGUUACCCCUGUCCCACUGCAAGGAGUUCAGCACUACACAGCUCACCUUGAUAUGCUUCUUUACAACCUCAGUUCUCUGUAACCGCUGGUCCUCUGGAAUCCCAAUUAAUUCCCAUAUUUCCCGAAGGUGGGUCAGGGCUUUUUGGAGACAUACUAUGGACUCCUCUGCCAACACCGCACUGAAAAGCAAAAGAAAAGCCAGUUACACAUGCCUGUGCCUCCAGACUAAAAGCAGUGUUUACAAGAACUAAAUUAGUUUCUCAGUAGCUCCAAGGCUAAAGCAAAUUGAAAACAAGCAUUCAGGGAGCCAAGAUGGCGGCAUGAGUAGAGCAGCAGAAAUCUCCCAAAACCACAUAUAUUUUUGAAAAUACAACAAAGACAACUCUUCCUAAGAGAGAGACCAGAAGACACAGGACAACAUCCAGACCACAUCCACACCUGCGAGAACCCAGCGCCUCGCAAAGGGGGUGAGAUACAAGCCCCGGCCCCGCGGGAGCCGAGCGCCCCUCCCCCCAGCUCCCGGCGGGAGACGGAGCCCAGGACUGCCGAACACCCAGCCCCGCCAUCCGGGCCAGAGCGCAGACACAGUGCAUGCGUGGGGUGCUGGAUACUAGGGAAACAGGGCAGCAAGACCGGUGAGCGGGUUCCUGCAACCGGCGCCCCGGGGACAAAGAAAAGCGAGUGCUUUUUGGAAGUCUUAAAGGGACAGGGACCCCACAGCCGGACAGAAGCGUCCUGGGACACUUAGUCCAGCAGCAGGGAACUCCGGGCACCCUAAACCCCUGGAUAGCAGGGCAGCCCAGAGGCCCCUCAUGGAGAUAAACAGCCUCCCGGCUGUUCCCCCUCCAAUGCGGCUCCACCAUAUUGGAGUAGCGGCCCGAGGCAGGCCACGCCCACAGCAACAGCGGAGAUAAACUCCAUAGCAGCCGGGCAGGAAGCAGAAGCCCCGUCUGCGCGCAGCUGCCCAGCACAAGCCACUAGAGGUCGCUGUUCUCCCAGGAGAGGAGGGCCACAAACCAACAAGAAGGGAAGUCCUUCCAGCAGUCACUCGUCCCAGCUCUGCAAACUAUUCCUAUCACCAUGAAAAGGCAAAGCUACAGGCAGACAAAGAUCACAGAGACAACACCAGAGAAGGAGACAGACCUAACCAGUCUUCCUGACAAAGAAUUCAAAAUAAGAAUCAUAAACAUGCUGACAGAGAUGCAGAGAAAUACGCAAGAGAAAUGGGAUGAAGUCCGGAGGGAGAUCACAGAUGCCAGAAAGGAGAUCGCAGAAAUGAAACAAACUCUGGAAGGGUUUAUAAGCAGAAUGGAUAGAAUGCAGGAGGCCAUUGAUGGAAUUGAAAUCAGAGAACAGGAACGCAUGGAAGCUGACAUAGAGAGAGAGAAAAGGAUCUCCAGGAAUGAAACAAUAUUAAGAGAACUGUGUGACCAAUCCAAAAGGAACAAUAUCCGUAUUAUAGGGGUCCCAGAAGAAGAAGAGAGAGAAAAAGGGAUAGAAAGUGUCUUUGAAGAAAUAAUUGCUGAAAACUUCCCCAAACUGGGGGAGGAAAUAAUCGAACAGACCACGGAAAUACACAGAACUCCCAACAGAAAGGACCCAAGGAGGACAACACCAAGACACAUAAUAAUUAAAAUGGCAAAGAUCAAGGACAAGGAAAGAGUUUUAAAGGCAGCUAGAGAGAAAAAGUUCACCUAUAAAGGAAAACCCAUCAGGCUAUCAUCAGACUUCUCAACAGAAACCUUACAGGCCAGAAGAGAGUGACAUGAUAUAUUUAAUGUAAUGAAACAGAAGGGCCUUGAACCAAGGAUACUGUAUCCAGCACGAUUAUCAUUUAAAUAUGAAGGAGGGAUUAAACAAUUCCCAGACAAACAAAAGUUGAGGGAAUUUGCCUCCCACAAACCACCUCUACAGGGUAUUCUAAAGGGACUAUUCUACACAGGAGCACUCCUAAAACUAAACAGAUGUCACCAGAGAAAAUAAAAUCACAGCAAAGAAAGCAGACCAACCAAAUACUAACUAAAGGCAAAAAAUAAAAUCAACUACCCACUAAAAGCAGUUAAAGGAAACAUGAAAGAGCACAGAAUAAAACAACCAACAUAUUAAGAAUGGAGGAGGAAAGGGGAUCAACAGAGGUGAGGCUUAGAACCUCACCCCCCCGUUCUGAGAGAAAUCUUCUGCAUACGUGGAUGUUUUAUUGCCCUUGUCUAGCUUGGAUUAACACAUAGUCUACAGGCACACACCUGAUCAUCUACAUUUGCUCUCUUACAACACUAAACUGUUUUCUACCUUUAUCUUGUAUCUACCUACCACUUCAGCAUUUUAUUAAAAAUAAUAAUAAUAAAGAGAGAAAUGUGGUAUCCACAUAUAAAUCAAGUAUAAAAACCAAAUGAGUAUUCAUAUUUGAACUGUUUAUAGUUUAUAAUGCAUGAGCAAAACCGAAAGUUUCUGUGAUGACUGCCCUUGUACUGUUCACUAUGUAACUUAUUCAUUAUGUAAGAAUUUGUUCUCCAUGUAAGAACUUGUUUGUUAUGCCUCAGAAGAUUGGAGACUGACGAAAAUUAGGCUUGGGGUGGAUUAAUGAUUGUGCAUUGAGCAUUGACUCCCCUAUACAGAAUUAUAUUAUUGUCGUUAACAACCAUUUGAUCAAUAAAUAUGAGAGAUGCCCUCACAAAAAAAAAAAAAAAAAAAGGACAGACUUCCAAUGGUAAAAUAAAUAAGUAACCGGGAUGUAAUGUAUAGCAUAAGGAAUAUAGUCAAGAUAUUGUAACAGCUUGGUAGGGUGAUAGCUGGAACCUAGAAUUAUGUAUAUAAAUGUUUUAUCACUGUGUUGUACACUUGAAACUAAUGUAAUGUAAUACUGUGCGUCAACUACCCUUCAAUAAAAAAUAAUUAUCUAAAAAAAAAAAAAAGAAUGGAGGAGGAGGAAUAAGAAGGGAGAGAAGAAAAGAAUCUCCAGACAGUGUAUAUAACAGCUCAAUAAGUGAGCUAAGUUAGGCAAUAAGAUACUAAAGAAGCUAACCUUGGACCUUUGGUAACCACGAAUUUAAAGCCUGCAAUGGCAAUAAGUACAUACCUUUCAAUAGUCACCCUAAAUGUUAAUGGGCUGAAUGCACCAAUUAAAAGACACAGAGUAACAGAAUGGAUAAAAAAGCAAGAUCCAUCUAUAUGCUGCUUACAAGAAACUCACCUCAAACCCAAAGACAUGCACAGACUAAAAGUCAAGGGAUGGAAAAACAUAUUUCAGGCAAACAACAGAGAGAAGAAAGCAGGGGUUGCAGUACUAGUAUCAGACAAAAUAGACUUCAAAACAAAGAAAGUAACAAGAGAUAAAGAAGGACACUCGAUAAUGAAAAUAAGCAUUCAGCUUUAACCAUUACUCUUCCCCCAAAUACCACAACACUGGCAAAGCAAAAUUCAGCAUCAUAUUACAUCAUAAAAAUGCAAUUUUCUGAAUACUUAGAAUCUGGACUUUCAACAAUUUUAUCUAUGGCAGAAAAAGUAUAAAUGCUUUUAUAAGGUAAAACUGGCCACCAUCAAUAAAAUAAACUCCCACCUAACAUAAAGAGCUUACUGGUGGGAAGCUCCUAUAAAAUAGCUGGCAAUUUAUCACAAUUUUGUUGUUGUUCUUAAAUUACAACUACUAACUUACAGAAUGGCUAAAAUUAAAAAGACAAACUGCAAGUGUUGGUGAGGGUAUAGAAAAACCAGUACUUUCAUAUAUUACUGGGCUGGAGUGUAAACUGGCACGCCACUUUAAAAACUGUUGGCAGGAUCUACUAAACCCCAGCCCAGCAGUUUCACUUCUACACAGGUCCCCGGCAGAAAGGCACACUUCUGCACCAAAGACAUGUAGAUGACAUAAUCAGGAGAAUGAUUAGAGCACCACUCAUGAUAGCAUAAAAGUAGAAAGGACCUAGACGUCCAUCAACAGAAUGGAUUAAGUCGUACAUUCUUAUAAUUGUAAUAAUAAAGCAAUGAAUACUCAUGGAUAAAAAACCUCAGAAAUGUGAACUAUCCUAAGUGAGAGAGAUCAAACAAAGACCACAUACUAUGUGAUCCCAUUUUAUGAAAUUCUAGAAAAGGCAAACUACAGUGAAAGAAAGCAAAUUAGUUGCUUGGGCUCAGGGCAGGGGAUCAACAGGAAAAGGACUCAAGAAAACUUCUUUUUAGAGUGAUGGAAUGGUUCCAGAUAUUGAUGUAUACAUAUGUGUAUACAAUGACUGAAAUUCAAAUUGUACAUCUAAGUCAGUUUUACUCUAUGUAAAUUAUACUUCAAACUUAAAAGAAAAAAAAAGGAAGGUAAAA